AUGACCUCUCUUAAUAGCCAUAGACUCCAAUCACCAACUCCAUUUACCUCAAACGAAGAAUUGUCAUCAGAGACACUUAAUAAUGCCCAUCAAAUACCUUAUCCAGCAUGGACGAGCUCAGCUCAUCUCCAUACUUUACCUUCUUAUCACCAAAUUCAAGCGAUAUUUGUCGGUCUAAAAAAUGCAUUUGGAUUUCAAUACGAUAGUAUGCUGAACAUGCUGGACCACUUUAUGAUUAUGCUUGAUUCUCGUGCGUCGCGUAUGUCCCCUACAAUGGCACUGUUGACUUUACAUGCUGAUUAUAUAGGUGGGCCUAAUGCUAAUUAUCGAAAAUGGUAUUUUACAGUACAACUAGACUUGAAUGAUCCAGCUAUCUCCUUAGGAGGAAAUAGUAGUAGCAAGGAUAAUACACGACAACCCACUUUGAAGGAAUCAGAGGAAAUAUGGCGUACCAAGAUGGAGCAAAUGUCGGAUGUUAAGCGCAUAAGGCAAUUAGCUUUAUGGUUAAUGGUAUGGGGCGAGGCCUCUAUAAUUCGAUUUUGCCCUGAAGUACUUUGCUUUAUUUUUAAACUUGCUGAUGAUGCAGCUGAUACUAAAUUAGCCAAUAUUCAACAGAGGAGGAUGAUAGCUUCUGAAGGAGAAUUUUUAGAUAAAAUAAUCAAGCCCUUAUAUAAUUUUGCUAAGAAUCAAGUAUAUUAUAAAGAUAAGCAUGGAGAUAUUACCUGUCGUGAACGAGAUCAUUCAGAUAUAAUUGGUUAUGAUGAUAUAAAUCAGUUCUUCUGGUCCUCCAAAACGAUACAUCAACUUGUCCUACAAGAUAAAGUCAAGUUAUUUACAUUGGCUCCUCAUCUAAGAUUUGAUGCAUUACGGAAUAUUAAUUGGAAAAGGGCCUUUCAGAAAACGUUUAAAGAAAAACGAUCUUGGAUGCAUUUAGCUGUUAAUUUUUCCCGAAUUUGGAUCAUUCAUAUUGUGUCCUUUUGGUAUUACAUUGCAGCGAAUUCUGAUAUUCUUUAUUUGGACAGUGAUGAAUCUAUUGCUGCAAAGGAGGUACCUGUCAAAAUAUCUUAUACUGCUUUGGGAGGUGCUUUAUCUACAUUGUUAGUUAUGCUUGGUUGUUUUGUUGAAUAUAUUUAUGUACCUAUGAAUUUUCAAAGAGCAGGGAUUUUAACACGUCGUAUCCUAUUACUAAUUCUAAUUUUAGCCCUAAAUGUGGGCCCAUCAGUCUAUUGUAUCAUGUUAAACAGAACAGGACAUCUUGCAAUGGCAAUAUCAAUCACGCAACUAAUUAUAAGUUUAGUCAGUAGUAUUUAUUUUGCUAUAACGCCACAAUCACAUCUAUUCAUUAGAUCUAAAGAAACAUCAAGUUCUUCGGGAUUUAAAGAAGCUCCAUUAAAUCAUGCCUUCACUGCAAGUUUCCCCCACUUGAAGAAAACAGAUCGACUCAUCUCUAUUGGCCUUUGGGUUUGUAUCUUUGGCUGUAAACUUGUAGAAUCUUAUUUUUUUAUUGCCUUAUCAUUUAAAGAUCCACUGAAGGCGAUAGCAAAUAUGAAAUUAUUUCAUUGUAAUGAUGCAAUCAUGGGCUCCUUUCUUUGUAGCUAUAUGCCAUUCAUUUCUCUAGUACUUAUGCUACUUAUGGAGCUAAUUCUUUUCUUCCUGGAUACCUAUCUAUGGUAUGUUGUUUGGAACACCAUAUUUUCUGCCGCAAGAUCGUUCUAUCUUGGCAUCUCUAUCUGGAGCCCUUGGAGGAACAUCUUUUCAAGACUACCGAAAAGAAUCUAUGCAAAAAUUUUGGCAACUUCAGAACUGGAUCUUGAAGUUCAACCAAAGAUGCUUUGUUCUCAGAUUUGGAAUGCCUUGGUUAUUUCGAUGUUUCGUGAGCAUUUAUUAUCCCCUGAACAAGUAUCUAAACUUUUAUAUAGACAGACAUCUGGUGUAGGAACUUCAAAGCCAACUUUAAAGUCCCCUUCCUUUUUUGUUUCUCAAGAUGAUAUUGCCUUCAAGACAGAGUACUAUCCUCAAAAGAGUGAAGCAAGUCGACGCAUUCAAUUUUUUGCACAAAGCUUAACUACUCCCAUGCCAGAGGUACUCCCAGUUCCCAAUAUGCCUACGUUUACAGUCAUGAUACCCCAUUACGGCGAAAAAUUAAUUUUAUCAUUAAGGGAAAUCAUUAGGGAAGAGGAUAAAAGCGCUCGACUCACUUUACUCGAAUAUUUAAAACAGCUUCACCCCUUUGAAUGGGAAAAUUUUGUAAAGGACACCAAGAUUUUAGCAGACGAAAAGCUACAUGAUGGAGGGGCUUUGGAUAAUGAAUCUGAUUCUGAUACAUCGCAGAGGUCUACCUUGAUUGCAGAUGAAAAGAUAGAAAGACAGCAUAAGAUUAACGAUCUCCCCUUUUAUUGUGUGGGCUUCAAGUCGGCUUCACCUGAAUAUACAAUGCGUACACGUAUAUGGGCCUCUCUUCGUACUCAAACCUUAUUUCGUACAAUUACAGGUUUUAUGAAUUACCAAAAGGCGAUCAAGUUACUCUACCGUGUUGAAACUCCAGAAUUAAAUUCCAGUCAGCAAACAAAUAUCUCUUCUCUUCCAAACCACAUAACUGAAGCUGAACUUGAGGAAAUGGCAAAUCGGAAAUUUCGUUUUGUAAUUGCCAUGCAACGGUAUGCUCAUCUCAGCUUUGAAGAAAAAGAAAGUGUUGAAUAUAUACUGAAGUCUUAUCCAAAUGUUCAAAUUGCUUACUUGGAGCAGGAAAUAGUUGGAGAAGAAACUGUUUUCCAUUCUGUAUUGAUUGACGGCCAGUGUCCUUAUAGGUUGGAUGGUAGUAGGUCUCCAAAAUAUAGAAUCCGACUUCCAGGUAACCCUAUUUUAGGUGAUGGUAAAUCAGAUAACCAAAAUACUGCACUUAUCUAUUAUCGUGGUGAAUAUUUACAACUGAUUGAUGCUAAUCAAGACAAUUAUUUGGAGGAAUGUAUAAAAAUUCGCAAUGUUUUAGGUGAAUUUGAAGAGAUGCAAACAAGUAACGAAUCACCUUAUUCUAUUAAUGAUCAUAAUAAAAGCCCGGUGGCCAUUGUAGGUGCUCGUGAAUAUGUUUUUUCUGAAAAUGUAGGUGUCCUCGGUGAUGUUGCUGCAGGUAAAGAGCAAACGUUUGGUACACUUACUCAGCGAAUUAUGGCUAUCAUUGGAGGAAGGCUUCAUUAUGGCCAUCCUGAUUUUCUUAAUGCUAUUUUUAUGACUACACGAGGCGGUGUGAGCAAGGCACAAAAGGGGCUUCAUUUGAAUGAAGACAUCUAUGCAGGUAUGAACGCCUUUACAAGAGGAGGCCGUAUUAAACAUGUUGAAUACUAUCAAUGUGGGAAAGGUCGUGAUCUUGGAUUUGGAUCUGUUCUUAACUUUGUUACCAAAAUUGGGUCUGGUAUGGGAGAGCAGAUGUUAUCUAGAGAAUAUUAUUACUUGGGCACACAACUUCCUUUAGACAGAUUCUUGACCUUCUUCUACGCACAUCCUGGUUUUCAUAUCAAUAACAUCUUUAUUAUACUUUCAGUACAUAUGUUUAUGUUUGUCCUUCUUUUUGUGGCUGCCAUUCGUGUACCAUUAACAAUAUGUACUAAUCCAACUUCAGAUCUUCCACUCACUCCAGAGGGAUGUUACGAUCUUGAACCCAUAUUUCAAUGGCUCCGGCGUGUUGUUACCUCUAUAUUUGCCAUCGUUUUCAUUGCCUUUUUCCCUCUCUUUUUACAAGAAUUAACAGAACGAGGAUUCUUUCGAGCAUGCAAUCGACUCUGUAAACAUAUGCUAUCAUUCGCGCCCUUAUUUGAAAUCUUUAUUACUCAAACGUAUACUAACUCUAUCUUGAGCAAUAUGACGUUUGGAGGUGCACGUUAUAUUGGUACAGGCCGUGGAUUUGCUACAGCACGUUUACCCUUUUCAUUACUCUAUUCACGAUUUGCUGAUACAAGUAUGUAUGCGGGUGCUCGCUUAGCUCUCAUGUUAUGUUUUGGCUCGUUUGUAUUAUGGAUACCUCAUUUGGCCUAUUUUUGGUUCACCAUUCUAGCCCUUAUCUUUUCACCUUUCUUAUUUAAUCCUCAUCAAUUCUGUUUAACGGACUUUUUAAUUGAUUAUCGUGAAUAUCUUCGUUGGCUUUCUCGUGGUAACGGCUCUAGCCACUCUAACUCAUGGAUUACCUUUUGUCGUUUCAUACGUAUGCGAACAACAGGUGUCAAGAAGAAGCGAUUAGCUAAUGGAAUAACAACAACAACAACAACAACAAAGAUGGUUGAAGCCCAACAAAGGCGUGCUUCUAUUGGAACAUUACUUUUUUCAGAAAUUUUGCUUCCUUUCGUAUUGGCCGUCCUGAGUAUGAUAGCUUAUUCAUUUAUUAAGAGUUUUGAUCAACAAGAGAGUGAAAAUUUUUACAGGAGGUACAGUACUCCCCUUACAGUAGCUGUAAUUGCAUUUGGACCUAUCUUAUUUAAUGCGGGUGCAUUGCUUGUCUUGUUUGUCUUUUCUCUAGUAGCCGGAUGUGCUGCUAACCUUUGCUGCGGUAUUAAGUUUGGUGCUACAAUUGCUGCUAUUGCACAUGGAUGGGCUGUCAUCAAUUUGAUUCUCUUUUUCGAAAUUUUAUAUUUCUUAGAGGACUGGAAGUUUGUUCAUGUUGUGUUGGGUAUGACUGCAAUUGUCUCUAUACAACGAUUUAUAUUCAAGUUGAUAACUGUUUCUUUAUUGACACGUGAAUUUUCUGAAGAUCAAAGUAAUCAAGGAUGGUGGACAGGCCGAUGGUACGGUAGAGGGUUUGGUUGGUAUGUAUUGACUCAACCAUUACGUGAAUUCAUUUGCAAAACGAUAGAAAUGAGUCUAUUUGCUAUGGAUUUUAUUAUGGGCCAUUUUAUUUUGUUUGUUUUAUUUAUCAUUUGCCUCCUUCCUGGUAUUGAUAAAUGGCACUCACUCAUGCUAUUCUGGUUAAAGCCAAGUGAACAAAUUCAAAAGCCUAUUUAUUCUGUAAAUCAAAGGAGGAAAAGAAGAAGGAUCGCCAUAUCUUACGGUAUUCUGUUAGUUAUUUUAUUCUUUACUUUUGCUGCCUUACUAGUUGCUCCUACUAUUUUUGGUCGUCGGUCCAAUUUUAAGUUCACUUCUUUAACUAUUUGAAAAAAAAAAAUUAUUUAUCAAUGUAAUUUUUAUAUAUGCAUAAUAAAUCAUGUCUUUUUUCCGUAAGAUCGGCAUAAUUUUAUUUAUCAAAUCAUUCGUAUAUGGAUGCAUCAAUUUAC